CACGAGCACAGGCAUCGUUCCCUAUCCGCAGCGGCGGCCGAGCCGCUUGCUGGCUAACUGUGUAGCUAAUCCCACCUAUGUUCCACCACCACCACCACUCUUACACUCCUUCAACGAUCAGCCGCUGAAGAUGAGCAGCGUGGCUCCGAGCGAACUGGGAGGAUGGAGGCAAUUUUACAAACUAACUCGUAUCACGAAGGUGUAGCGAAGCGAGUGAGGAACUUGUGACACUGAUGCCAGGUGGAGGCUGAAGCUGAGGACUCAGGAUGAGUGGAGCUGCAGAGCACACAGACAUCCUGUCAGUGGGAGAUGUGGUCAGGGACAGGUGGAAAGUGAUAAGGAAGAUAGGUGGAGGAGGAUUUGGGGAGAUCUACGAGGUCCUGGACCAGCUGAGCCAGGCCACCGUCGCCUUAAAAGUCGAGUCCGCUCAGCAACCCAAACAAGUGCUGAAGAUGGAGGUGGCUGUGCUGAAGAAGCUUCAGGGAAAAGACCACGUGUGUCGCUUUGUGGGCUGUGGCCGGAACGAUCGCUUCAACUAUGUGGUGAUGGAACUUCAGGGGAGGAAUCUGGCUGAUCUGCGCAGAACGAUGACCCGCGGCACCUUUUCGGUCUCCACAACUUUGAGACUUGGGAAGCAGAUUCUCGAGGCCAUUGAAAGCAUCCACUCUGUCGGCUUUCUGCACCGCGAUAUUAAGCCAUCCAACUUUGCCAUGGGGAGACUUGCCAGUACCUGCAGAUGCUGCUACAUGCUCGAUUUUGGUUUGGCUCGUCAGUUUACCAACUCCAACCAAGACGUCCGUCCUCCUCGUCCUGUAGCUGGUUUCAGAGGAACUGUGCGUUACGCUUCAAUCAAUGCCCACAAGAACAAGGAAAUGGGUCGUCACGAUGACCUGUGGUCUCUUUUCUACAUGCUGGUUGAGUUUAUGGUCGGACAGCUUCCCUGGAGGAAGAUUAAAGACAAAGAACAAGUUGGAAACCUAAAAGAAACGUACGACCACCGACUCAUGCUGAAGCACCUUCCUUCCGAGUUCAGCGCUUUUCUGGAUCACAUCCUGACCCUGGACUACUUCACUAAGCCUGACUAUCAGCUCCUGAUGUCAGUGUUUGAGAAGGCCAUGAAGAGCCACAACGUGCUGGAGAACGACCCCUAUGACUGGGAGAAAUGUGAUUCAGAGGAUCUGCUGACCAUCACUGCCGCAGCCAACACUGCUCAGCAGCUCACUCGCCUCACCCCAGCUUACCUCGGCAUGGCCAACGCUUCAGUGUUGCCAGGCGAGCUGCAGCGGGAAAACACCGAGGAUGUCUUUCAAGGGGAGCGCCUCAGCGACGCCGACAACUGCCCCCCCAUCCCCACCCCAACCGCCCCUGGCGGAGACGUGUGGGAAGAGAUGGACCGCAAUCGGAACCAUAAACACGCUCAGCCGAUGCUCAGAAAGGUUGGAGAGGUCGUGAGUGAGGAUGAACACAGUCAGAACCAGGGGAACCACAGCCCCAACACUGGCUCGAUGCAGAGUUCACCGAGACGAGUGCGAUCAGAGACCAUGUUCUUAGACCGGGCUGCACCUCUGCUCCGCAGGAUCAGACACAGCCAGAGUUUGGCUUUUGAAAAGAGGCUCGCACCUGAACCGAAGCCCACCAUCGAACGUUUCCUCGAGGCGUACCUAGGCAAACAGCGUCCCGUCCUUUGUCACGUCGAGGAGACGCCCAUACCUGAGAAGGGAAACGAGCAGCAGAUGCCUUCCUGCAAUGAGGAGCAAUCCGGCACAGCAACUCCUGACCCGGAAGACGGCGCGGGGAGCAGCGGCUUCGUGGCGGUGAACUUCAGCCCCGUGCCUCAGGAAGCCAGCUCUCAGGAGUGGGUGAUGCUGGAGCUGGAGCAGGCCAGCGGCUCUGGAGGAAGCAAGCCUCCGACAGACGCUCAGCACGAGAGCAGGCCGGGAGGCCGCGGUGCCGCCGACACCGACAAUCACUCCUCUGAGCCGCAGGACGGCCCGACCGGUCCCGCUGUGCCCAGCAGCCCUGUCCUGUCGCAGACGGCCGUGCCCGGCACGUGGUUACUGGGCCACCGGAGGCUGCCGGGGAUGCUGGGACAAAUGCCUUCAGUCAUGAUGGGAAGAUCGCAGAUGGAGCAGUCCUCCAGCUGUGAGCUACAGUCACCUGUGCAGAAGAGCAGUGCAGCUCCACCUGAGGAAUCAUCCUGUAAAUUAGAAGAACUUGCAGAGGAAAGCUUAAAAAAUGGAGGGAAAUUGGACUCGGCGCCAGUGUUAAACCCUGCCAAAGGCCCCACGUCUCAUCUGACCAAUGACAGAGACCCGGAGAGCGAUUCUGGUUUACCAGACCGCUCCUCAGAACCCAAUCAGCAUCCUCAAGCGGACACGGCGGGCGGCGCCGUGGAGAGCACAGUCACGGUGUCCUCAUCUCCGCCUCCAGCUCUGCUCAGGCGACGAGACUCCCCCUUGUCCCCGAGACUGAGUCGAAUCCCCGUGCGAGAUCCCGGCAACCCGCUGGACUCUCCGAGCCGGGACCCUGCCGCGGAUCGCCGUCACCGCUGGAGCAGCCCCGCCCCCGGCUCGCCCACGCACUCCCCGUCUCCGUCUCUGUCCUGCGACAACCUGCCCUGCGCCCUGCCCAGAGACAGGCUGUCCUCGGAGCGGGGCUCCAGGUCCGACUGCGCAGGAGAAGACCCUCUGUCCCUGUCGUCCUCAUCGGGGAGCAGGAGUAAAAUCCCCCGCCCUGUGAGCACCAGCUUCCUGCCGGAGCAGCUGCCCAGCAGGUUUCUGCCUCGACCGCCUCCAGGGAAACCGCCCAUCCGCCCGUGUGUAGACAACAGGCGGCGGCGGUUGCGGGUGCGUGCCAGCAGCACCAGCGACGCCGACUUCCUGGCCAGCCUGACGCAGCUGAUGCAGGACCGCGGCGGGCUGCUCCUCAGCCCCCCUCCUCGCCCCCGCAGCUCCUCCUCCUCCCUCCAGCGCUCCCUGAGCUCCUCCCCGUCCCGACAGGAGGCCCGGGACAACGCAGCGCUGCAGGGGCGCAGCCGCUCGCCUUCCAGCCUCUCCGGCUCCCCUCCUCCUCGGCACCCUCCGCCUCAGUCCAGAACCACAGAACCGGGUCAGUGGAGCUUCGGCUCCAGAGGGAAAGGUCUGCUCCUCGAGGGUAAAGGAAAACUGACUCGAUAGAAAACCUGACUGAUGGCGCAGCUGUGGAGAGGGGCCGCCUCACCGCCAGUCCCUGAUAGCAUGUGUAAAUAUGGUAUUACUCAAAGGGAAUGUACUGUAUGUAAUGUAAAAUGUAUGAUAAGUUGUAUUUAUUAAAUUGAUUUGUUUGAAUGUGGAAUAAUGUUGAGAGACACUAGAGCUUGCCAACAUUUACCUCUCAUUUCAUUCCUCCACUAAAACUCCAUGUAGUCCUAACGAGACCAAAACAAAAUCAAGUGUAAAUCUUGAGGGAUGUAAAAAAAUUGUAAACUGUAGAUAUUGUACUAUCAGGAAAAUGGUAAACACUAACUAUGAAAUCUUGUAUUUAAUCGAAAAACACUAUAUAUUAGUAAAGAAGUUGUAAACAAAAAACAUUCAUGUAUAAAGUCGAAGCAUGCAUCCCAUAUCUGUUAAUUUAAUGAUGUGAUAUUUAACGAGCUGCUCAUUUCAACAUGUUAGUGUCGCUGUGUGCUUUUACUUUACUAGAAAAAUCGUUGCCACUAUCAGCAUAUUAGAAUGUACAUUUUAAGUGCACUCAUAUUUAACUGUUGUAGGCAUGCAUGGAUAGUCUUGCUGUUGUUUAUUUUUUUAUUUCUUUUUUUUGUAUGUUCAGCUGAAGCAUCUGUAUGCAUUUUUAAUUGAGCUGCUUACGAUCAAAAUACAUCACAACGUAGACCAGCGAUGACUUGCAUUUUUAUUGUCUCUCGGAAAAAGCAGGGCGAGUGUCGGAUUGAUCUGAUUCUGGACGGUUCCCUCUGUGACAGACGCAGCAAGAAACGCUGCUGACGGAGCAGGGGACUGAACGUCAGAGAAAGACGCCGUUUAACUGGAAAACGUGGGAUCAGAGCAACUAAAUCUGUUUCAAUAAAAGCAGAUGAACGAUC